CCCCGUGCUCCACGUGGAGCCCAACACGACGCGAGGCUCAAUCCCACGACCCUGACAUUGCGACCUGAGCCAAAAUCAAGAUUCGGACACCCAGCCAGCUGAGCCGCUCGGACUCCUCUAGGAGUUUGGUCUUGUGUUUAGGUUCCACCUGUAAGAGAGAUGACCGGGUGUUUGUCAUUCCUUGUGUGACUUGUCUCAGCACGAUGCCCUCAGCUUCCACCUGUGUUGCAGACGUCAAGGUUUCUCUCCUAUUUGUGGCGAAGUAAUAUUCCGUCGUAUAAAUACGCACGUGACAGCCCGUUGGGGUGCUUCCCUGCUGGGCUCCUGCUCGUGACGCUGCAGUAACGGACAACGUGGUGGUUUGCUUCCUUCCAGUACCCUGCGGUGGAAUCACUGGAUCCUGCAGCGAUCCUGUGUUACCCUCUUGAGGACCCUCCGCACGUUUCCACGGUGGCCACGCCAGCCUGCGUUCCCGCCCGCAGCGUGGGGGGCUCCCCUUUCUCCGCGUCCUCCCCACCACGUGUUGCUUCCUGAUGGUGCGAGGUGGUGUCCCACCGUAGCUUUGAUGUGUAUUUCCCCGAUGCCAGUGCCGAGUGAGGUGGAGCAUCUUUUCCUGUGUCCAUUUGCCACCUGGGUGUCCUCUUUGGAAAAGCGUCUGUUCAGGCGAGCCCACACCCUGACUGUGCUCUUCAUCCUCACCUGUGUGCUUGGCUACGUGACUCUGCUGGAGGAGACGCCCCGGGACACAGCUUAUAACACCAAGAGAGGUAUUGUGGCCAGUAUUUUGGUUUUCUUAUGUUUUGGAGUCACACAAGCUAAAGACGGGCCGUUUUCCAGACCACAUCCAGCCUACUGGCGGUUCUGGCUGUGCGUCAGCGUUGUCUACGAGCUGUUCCUCAUCUUCAUCCUCUUCCAGACCGUGCAGGACGGCCGCCAGUUCCUGAAGUACGUGGACCCCAAGCUGGGCGUGCCGCUGCCCGAGAGGGACUACGGGGGAAACUGCCUCAUCUACGACGCGCACAACGCGAGCGACCCCUUCCACAAUGUCUGGGACAAGCUGGACGGCUUUGUGCCCGCGCACUUCCUCGGCUGGUACCUGAAGACCCUGAUGAUCCGGGACUGGUGGAUGUGCACGAUCGUGAGCGUGAUGUUUGAGUUCCUGGAGUACAGCCUGGAGCACCAGCUGCCCAACUUCAGCGAGUGCUGGUGGGAUCACUGGAUCAUGGACGUGCUCGUCUGCAACGGGCUGGGCAUCUACUGCGGCAUGAAAACCCUCGAGUGGUUGUCGAUGAAAACGUACAAGUGGCAGGGCCUGUGGAACAUCCCCACCUACAAAGGCAAGAUGAAGAGGAUCGCAUUCCAGUUCACGCCCUACAGCUGGGUCCGCUUUGAGUGGAAGCCCGCCUCCAGCCUGCGCCGCUGGCUGGCCGUGUGCGGCAUCAUCCUGGUGUUUCUGUUGGCAGAGCUGAACACAUUCUACCUGAAGUUCGUGCUGUGGCUGCCCCCGGAGCACUACCUGGUCCUGCUGCGGCUGGUCUUCUUCGUCAACGUGGGCGGUGUGGCCAUGCGGGAGAUCUACGACUUCAUGGAUGACCCGAAGCUCCACAAGAAGCUGGGCCAGCAGGCCUGGCUGGUGGCAGCCAUCACGGCCACGGAGCUGCUCAUCGUGGUGAAAUAUGAUCCACACACGCUCACGCUGUCCCUGCCCUUCUACAUCUCCCAGUGCUGGACGCUCGGCUCUGUGCUCGUGCUCACCUGGACCAUCUGGCGCUUCUUCCUGCGGGACAUCACCCUGAGGUACAAGGAGACCCGGCGACAGAAGCAGCAGAGCAGGGGCGACCCGGGCAGAGCCGUUGGCACCGCAGACGGGCACCUGCCUGAGCCAGGAGACCCCCCAGGGCCCACGGAGGCCGAGGCGGAGGGGGCACCGGCCCCAAGCUGACGCACCGCAGGACCGGCUCCCGAGGGGCCCUGCCCCGUCCCCUGUGCACAGCGGGGCCCUGCAGCGCGGGCUUGUGUGCGUGUGUGGUGUGUGCACGGGCGUGGACCGUGUGUGGCUGCGGCCCCCCGGGGCUGACCUUGGGCAGCCACUCCCCUCUGCCCUGGCGGCCCAGCCCAGGCAUCCCGGUGCCUGUCCCUGCUCCCCGGGCCUACGGCCACUGGGAGGCCCUGACUGCCCCGCGGCCCGCUGCCCCUGCUCGUCCAGGAACACCCGAGCAGCCGAGAGAGCAGGUCUGAGCAUGCGGGCCCCGACGCCCCUCGAGGAGCACAGGCGCGGAGCGGUGGGCGGGCAGCAGGGGCCGGGCUCUCCUGCUGGGCGGAGGGUCGUCUUCACGAGCAAACCGAACAAGUGAAGCAGCGGGGCGUGGUCCGCACUGGCUCCCGGGGGACGGGCCACCGUGUGCAGGGGGUGGGGCCGGGAGCUGUGCCCGCUGGGGGCGGCCGCGGUCCUGGGCGCGUGCGCAUGCACACACCUGUGAACACGUGUGACGCCACGCCCAGUGUGCCCCCCACAGAAAGGACAGGCACCUCUUCUGCCAAAAAAAGUGCUUUAAUAAAGUGUCUAAAACUUUGUUGCAGAA